AUGUCCAUCAAAGUAAAACAAUCUCUGCUCCAUAUAAAAGGCCCAGUUGCAGAAGUUGGUGAUUCAGUGAGAAAAAUGAGAUCAAAUGUUCUUCUUUUGCUUGUUGGAGUGAUCAUUUGUGUGGGCUUUUGUGCCCUUGUUGAGGGGCUCAAAUGCCAGACGGAUGAUGGCCCCUCGGAGGAGGAUGUGAAGAGAGUUGUGCGUGUCUGCAUGAGGAAGAUUGGAGAAGAAUUGGACGAGGAGAACAAUGACUACGAAGACAAUGAUCAGGAUACUGGACAAAACAACUACCGGGACAGGAAUCGGGAUCAUCUACGUGGACGACAGGGAAGAUACAAACGCAGUGGUUAUCGCAAUUCAGAGAGGAGUCGCAGCAGUGGCUAUGGUGGUGGACACAGUAACAACAACAACCAGACCAACUAUGAGAGACGCACGGAGUACGAUAGAUCCUGCCUGAUUCACUGCUUCUUCCAGGAAAUGAAAAUGACCAACGAGGAUGACUUUCCAGACAAACACAAAGUCCUAUAUGUCCUCACCAAAGAGCUAAGGGAUCGCCAGCUUAAGGAUUUCUUCACUGACUCCAUCCAGGAGUGCUUCCACAUCCUGGAGAUGGAUCAGCGACGUGAUAAAUGUGAAUUCGCCCGGAAUCUCAUCUUCUGCCUCGGAGAACGCGCUAAAACAAAUUGUGACGACUGGAAUGACAACACGGUUAUAUUCUAA